AGCGGCCAUUUUUAUCAGGCUGCCGGAAAUGGCGGAGCCGGAGCAUGCCCUAGUUAUGAAGCUUCUGCUUCUACUUCUCACACUCCAUUCUUCCCUUUUCGUCGAUUUUGUAGUUUCAGAGAUCAUUUUUGAGGAGCGAUUCGAUGACGGUUGGACUAGUCGUUGGGUUAAGUCAGACUGGAAAAGGAGCGAAGGAAAAGCUGGUUCAUUUAAGCACACAGCAGGGAAAUGGUCUGGUGAUCCAGAUGAUAGAGGUAUUCAGACGGCAACUGAUGCCAAACAUUUUGCCAUUUCAGCAAAGAUACCAGAGUUCAGCAACAAGAACAGAACUCUGGUUGUCCAGUAUUCCAUAAAGUUUGAGCAGGACAUUGAAUGUGGUGGUGGUUACAUUAAGCUUCUUUCUGGUUAUGUCAAUCAGAAGAAAUUUGGUGGUGAUACUCCUUACAGUUUGAUGUUUGGGCCGGAUAUAUGUGGGUCGGACACAAAGAAACUCCAUCUUAUACUUUCUUACCAGGGGCAAACCUAUCCUGUCAAGAAGGAUCUCCAGUGUGAAACUGACAAAUUAACUCAUUUUUAUACAUUUAUUCUUAGACCUGAUGCAACUUAUAGCAUCUUGGUUGACAAUCGAGAAAGAGAAUCUGGAAGCAUGUAUACAGAUUGGGAUAUUCUUCCUCCUCGGAAAAUUAAAGAUGUCAAGGCUAAGAAGCCAGCAGAUUGGGAUGAUAGAGAGUACAUUGAUGAUCCUAAUGAUGUUAAACCAGAGGGAUAUGACUCAGUUCCAGCUGAAAUCCCUGAUCCAAAGGCUAAAGAACCUGAUAACUGGGAUGAAGAAGAGGAUGGUAUAUGGAAACCACCAAAAAUACCAAAUCCUGCAUACAAAGGACCAUGGAAGCGCAAGAAAAUCAAGAACCCUAACUAUAAAGGAAAGUGGAAGAUUCCAUGGAUUGAUAACCCAGAGUUUGAAGAUGACCCUGACCUCUAUGUGAUGAAGCCAAUCAAAUAUGUGGGCAUUGAAGUUUGGCAGGUAAAGGCUGGUUCAGUUUUUGACAACAUUUUGAUCUGUGAUGACCCUGAGUAUGCCAAACAAGUUGUGCAGGAUAUAUGGGAAAGGAAUCGGGAGGCUGAAAAAGAGGCCUUUGAGGAAGCAGAGAAAGUAAGGCAGGCCCAAGAAGAAGAGGAAGCUCGACGAGCAAGAGAGGAUGGUGAACGAAGGAGAAGAGGAAGAAGCCGUGAUCGACGAAACCAAGAAAGGGACCGCUAUAGGGAGAAAUAUAGAAGGCGUGACUACCACGAUUAUUUGGAUGAUUAUCAUGAUGAACUCUGAGGGCAUCACCAGCUAUUUACCUUUAUAUUCUACAUCAUAUCGCAAAGAAUGUGGGUUAGCACCUAUUCUUGGUCAGGGUUGGUUCCCCUUGGGGAAGUGUUUUGACUCUGUAACUCCUUUUUUCUGUACAAUGUCUUCUUCUCUCAUUACAAUAAACAAUAUGUUGUACGGCUGUAUUUGCAAUAGUGUAAUACCAAUAUAUCAGUUCCAAUA